AUUCAAAACAAAAAUGGAGAUGGAGGAGGAUGUUGGAGAUUUUCCGAUACACAAAGCGGUUUUCGAUAAUGAUUUACCAAAUUUAUCCAAAUUUUUACGAAAAUACGAUGUGUCGGCCAAAGACAAACACGGCAAUACAGCAUUACAUAUUGCCGUUAUGAUGGGCAGAAAGGAGUGUGUACAACUUCUUUUAAAUCACGACGCACUAGUGAAAGUUAAAAAUGGUCUAGGAUGGACAGUUUUGGCAGAAGCAGUCAGCUAUGGUCAUCGACCAACAAUAUCGUCAUUGGUAAGAAAAUUCAGACAACAAUCCAGAGAACAAAUGGAGCACAGGCGACCCAACUUGGUGACAGCUUUAAAUAAAAUUGACAAUUUUUAUAUGGAACUUAAAUGGGAUUUUCAAAGUUGGGUGCCACUGGUGUCACGGAUAUUGCCCUCGGAUGUUUGUAAAAUUUACAAAUGCGGCUCAAAUAUCAGAUUGGACACAACUUUAGUGGAUUUCUCUGAUAUGAGGUGGGAAAGGGGAGAUAUUUCAUUCAUAUUUCGAGGUGAUGCAAAGCCUAAUGAAAGCCUCACUGUAUUGGACAAUGUUGGAAAAGUUUACCAGCAAGUAAAGUAUGAGGAAUCUGAGUUGGAAAUUGAAGACGAAGUUGAUCUCUUGAUGUCAACAGACAUUUUAGCUGCUCAGAUCUCAACGAAACGAAUUUCAUUUACAAGAGCGCAGAGUGGAUGGAUAUUUAGAGAAGAUAGACGAGAACUAGUGGCUGGCCAAUAUGACGCUGAACUUUACACUGUUCACGGAUUGACUUUGGAAAGCAGAAAGAGAAGAGAACAUUUGUCUAAUGACGAUUUGCAAAAAAAUAAAGCAAUCUUUGACAGUUUUACUAAAGGAGGCAAUAUAGCUGACAAUGAUAAUAUUGUUCCUUCAAGAAGAGCCAGUCUAACUCCACCGCCAGAAAAGAAUGUAACUUGGGAGGAAUACAUGAAUGCAGAAGUUAAUAAUUAUCCUAGAUUAGGCAGGGAUCUCGUUUACAAAGAAUCAUCUAAACAUUUCAAGGCAACUUUGGCAAUGAGUUCAGACUUUCCUCUUUCAGUUGAAAUGCUCCUUAAUGUCCUAGAAGUUAUUGCUCCUUUCAAGCACUUUUCAAAGUUGAGGGACUUUAUUAACUUUAAACUGCCCAGCGGGUUUCCUGUUAAAAUAGAGUUGCCCAUUUUGCCCACUGUCACUGCCAAGAUAACAUUCCAGGAAUUUGAAUUCAGGGAUAGUAUAUCACCAGAUAUGUUUUCGGUGCCUGAGACAUAUGUAGAGGAUCCAACUAGAUUUCCUGACUUAUGACGCCCCGAACUGACCAGCUGCUUCAAGCUCCAUUUCGAGCCAAAACCACAGUUCCUGUCAUUGAACGAGCGGCGACGCAUCCAUCAUCAGACGAAAAGUCCCAGGGAAAUGUUCAGAAUAAAAGGUCGUAGGAACGGAACAGGGAACUGCCCUCUUAAUGCCGGUCCCGUUUUGCUUCUCGAGGUUCCCAUGCUGUUCACUUUGGGCAGCGUCUAUGGAGCCAGCUGUCUGGUUUAUGUCGAGUAGAUGAUUUAAUAAUUAUUAUUGUAAUCAGUGAGCGUGUUCGUCUGUCUGUCUGUUUCUUAUCGCGUAAGCAGCUACAAAAGUAGUUUGGAUUAAAAUUGAUAGUUUUACAGGGUUUUUAAUUAUUUGUUGGAUGUUUUUCUGCCUAGUGCUAAUGUAUUUUUGUCCUUUAACGUUUGAGUUUGAAAAUCUUUGCUAAUGUUGCACGGGCUUGUUAAAUUUGAUUAGAGAGUAAUCUUUUAUAUUUAUUUUGAUAUAAAAAAUUAUUGAAUUGUUUCAUCAAACCUAUCUAGGCCUUGCAAGUGGAAAAAAUUUGGGUAGAUUGUAGUAAUGUGCAAGUCCACUCUGCUUCUAAUUCUAAAUUGCAAAUUAGAUCUCUUGGUAGUAAGUAUUUAAAAAAAAAACACAUAUCAACAAAAGUUGGAUUGUUUUGAAUUGAGUAUUUAAUUUUGGUGUCUUAUGCUUAGUGUCAUUUUUUAAUUUUUGUGGUUGAUAAUACAGGUAUUCUUUUGAUUUGAUUGAAAUAAUAUAAAGUUAAUUUCACACGUAUUUUAUUAGUCUCAGCAGUUCAUAAACAAACCUUAUGUGAUCACAAUCAAUUUGCUCAGAUCAGGAGAAUCCCUGCAUUAUAUUAUGAUAAGUUGCUGAUGCUUUUUUCAUAAUCAUAUUGCAAGAUGAAACAUUGAAAAUGCACAUGAGACUUAUUUCAAUAUUAUCUAUUGAAAAGCCCAUUCAUUUUAAAUAUAUCACCUUGUAGAUGAGGAAAAAAGUUUUGUUGGUCCAAAUUUAUUUUAAUUCAAUUGCAUUGUAUUAAAUAUUGUAUUAAUGUUUGUUAGUUUUAUUUUUCAAAUCAACGUACCGCUAGUGCUUAUUUAUUGUUUUGUUUGUUUUACUAUUUUAGAUGAUGUAUUAUAUUUUUACUCUUAUGAUGGUAUUAAUGUACCUACUUUUUUUUACGCAUAUAGCUACUAGUAUACUAUGUGUAAAAAGCUGUUGAUACAACUGACUGUAAUAUUGUAAAUAAAAGCUUUACUUUAAAA